AUGUUCGACUCCUUCAAAGUGACCAAAUUAUGCGACCAUGAAAGCGUCAGCAGCCACCUAAUAACGAUCGGGUCAUUUAACAUUCUUUGUGAUCUACCUUUGAACCCAAAGGAAAUAUUAAAUUUUAAGAAAAGCACAAUAAGGUGCAACAAUGUAGAUGAAGACAAGUCGGAAGAGAAUAAAUACAUACGGAUAACGAAUCUGGAGACAGAAGCUCUAUCGAAUAAAUUAUUAUUAGAUAUAAGUAGAGUGCCGAUAAAAAUUCACAUCAUUUUAAUUUCGUGCAGUGAAUGUUUUAUGGGGUUACCAAUAUUUUGCAAAUAUUUCGACAUAUCAGACACGCACAUAGUUUGCACAAAAUUCACCUUCACCUUUGGAUUAAGCGCGGUCGAGAAUUUACAGACAAAGGAAAAUUAUUUGCCUCCGUGGAAUGAAGAAGAUGAUCAGAAGGGGCACCUUAGCAAGGAGCAUUCGACUAAUGACCAUUUCAGCAGUGACCAUUUCAAUAGAGAUGAAUACUUGGAUUUAAAAUUAAGCUUCAGAAAUUCUCUGCAUUUAUUAUCAUAUAAAGAAAAAAUAAAAUUCCAACAAAAUGAUGAAAUUGUGUGUAUUACUCCCUACAGUAGUGGCCACUCCGUAGGCAGUUGCAACUUUCUUAUUAAUACGAACCUUUUGAAUUUAUGCAUUAUUAACAAAAGUUGCUAUAAUGUUAAAAGGUAUCCCUCUCCGCUAGAUUUGGCAUGCCUGGAAAAGGCAGACUUUGUUCUCUUUACCGCAUAUUCCAGGGGGAAUACAGGUGCGGAGGAGCCGUCUGAGAGGCGGAAUGCGCCAACCGAAGGAGAUCCAAAAGGGGAGUCUCCAAGCAGGAGCCUGGCCAGCGAACGAACCAAGGAAAGAAUAAACAUGUGCAUCGAAAAGAACUACAAAGAUAGUCUAAACAAGAUAUGCUCCAUCGUCCUACGCACGAUCAAAAGUAAGGGGUGUGUACUUAUCCCCGUGGAUCUCCACUUUCUGUACUUCCUGGAGUUAAUCGAGCUAAUAGGCGUAGUGAUCAGCAAGUAUUUAGCCAAAGAAGAACAAGUACUAAUAUUCACCAUAAUAGGAAACAUCAGCAAUGUGAUUCACCAAGCAGAUCUAUGUGCCGAAUGGGUAGAAGAAUCGAGGAAAAAAAAAUGUAGCAAAGUAUCCAACCCACAGGGACCCUUUUCUAUUGAUAUUAUGAUAAAAAAUAAUCGAUUAAUUACAGGAAAUGAUAUAAAUGAUGUAACAAAAUUGUUUAGAUACCCAUGUGUAUGUUUUGUCCAAGAUUCAUCUUUACGAUUUUUUGAAUCUUCCACCUUAUUAGAAAAGUGGGCCAUGGAAGAAAACAAUUCACUUCUCCUAAUCGAUCCCUACUACGACCCUGUGUCAGUGUUGGAUCCUUUCCACAUUUACCUUAAAAAAAUAAAUGUCUUUUUUUGCCCCAUUUCUUGGGAUCUAAAUGAGUCAGAUAUUUGGGAAAUUAUAAACAACAACCCGAAUAAAAAAUGUGUGUAUCUACUCCCACAUCGAUUGGAAGGGGGGCGUAGUUCACUGAAGAUGAGCAGCCAAGUGGACAGCACACAUGUAGGGGAAAAAAGCAGCUACAAUGUUGGAGAAAAAAUCGGGGAAGAAGAAAAUUACAAUAAAAGGAGAAAGAACUCUCCAUACGGAAACUACGCAAAUGGAAAUCCACAUGGAGAUGUAAACCCAAACGAUAUCAUCUACAUUUACCCACUACUCACGAGGGAAAUAAUUUAUGACACAUUCUCUCAUGUGGGUAAAAACUUGCACCCCGUCCCCUUUACUGUUGAUGGAACAAACAAUUUGAAAAAAAUAUUAACAAAGAUAGAUAACCUCCAUUGCGCGAAGGUCAGAUGCUCAUAUAAUAGUACUACCUUCGGGGAUUAUAUAAAGGAAGGUCAAAUGGAAAUAUGCAAAUCGGCUUCACAGAGCAGGGAAGUAGAUAAUAAAAAAACAGAUAAUAAAUGGCUGAGGGGAAAGGGUGUGAAUCUGAUGUUUGGAUCCAUACGUGAAGAAGAUUUUCUUCAUAAUUUACUCCAGCUUGGUUAUAGCAAAGAUGAUUUAGUAGUAAACCAUCCAGAGAGAAGCACCCCCGACGUGCAGACUGAAAAAUACUUGUGGAGCAUUACCAUUAAUUCAAUUAACUCCAAAGUGAUAUGCUACACAAAGUACGACAUCGAGGUCAUCAGCAGCCAUGCGAAGCUGCGUCAACAGGUUAAGGAUAUUCUCCAGAAAUCCACAACCACGCUAUGA